UUAAAAACACACUACUCUUAUUCGUUUUCCUUUACUUUCUGCAGUCUCCAUUUAGGAUUUUGGGUGGUUACGAGUUAUCUUAGUUUUGUAUAUUGCAUAUAUGGCUUGCCCAUUUAGUCCUAUUUCUAAUCGUAUGCGUACAUCGAACUUAUGUACAAUUAAGAAUUUCAAAAUUAUUAAACCAAGAUUCCCUCGUCAGAUAUGUCUAAUAUGUGCCAAAUUGCACUCCAAACAAAAACAAAGUGUUCUAAUUUAAUAUAUAUCUCUUUAACAGAAACUAGCAUUGGAAUGGUGUGUAAAUUGCCAACGUCGAAAUUAUUUUGUUAAUCUGAUUUUAGUGAUGAAUAUGUAAAAACAGUCCCUGAACAAAUUAUUGCUUCCAUAUGGAUCAUUUGGUUGGUUGAUUGGUAAAUCCAUCCCAUAAUCGAAAAUACAAAAUGAAUUCGUACAUUUACAAAUGUAUAUAUUGGUGUAGGUCAUCGAUCCGACCGAGCGCUAGCUGAUAUAAAAGACUCGUCCAAAACAUUGCGACAUCAGUUCCAACUGCAAUAGAGAUCGGUGUAGUAACUAAAUUUUCAGCCAAGCAAAAAUGAGCAAGACUAGCAUUAUCCUUGUUGCGUUGUGCCUUGUUGCCAGCUGCAGUGCUGUGGAUGAAUCGGGUGCUGUGAUUACCAAUUAUCGAUCAGAGGCUAAUCCGGAUGGCAGCUACAGUUACGAAUAUGGCACUUCAAACAAUAUUCAGGCCCAGGAGACAGGCGUGGGCGGUGCCUAUGCUGCAGGGUCUGUGCAGUACACUGCGCCCGAUGGACAGCCCAUACAACUGGCGUACACAGCUGAUGAGAAUGGAUAUCAGCCUAGCGGCGCUCAUUUGCCAACACCUCCACCCAUUCCCGAUUACAUCCUGAGGGCAUUGGCAUACAUUGAGGCACAUCCUUUCGCCAGAAUUCAAUUGAAGAAAUAAGACUGUAAUAGAAUUGUGUAGCCCUCGCGCCACUUAGUUUAAGUU